GCCACCAAGAUCAACCAAUAGGAAUCCUAACAGAGACGUGGCGCGACCUCCAACUUAUCCUUGCCUAGUAUUAUAUGUUGAAUUGUCUUCAUUUACACCUAUGGUAUUGCUGACUGCUGUCUACUAUUUCCAUUACUAAAUCUCAUUUUCUCCUUGUUCCUCAUUCCAGCUUUCUUUGUUCACUCUGCUUCCCCCGGUCCCCCAACAUCAAAAAGUUUCGUCAGGCUAGGCCGAUACAGAAUGUCUUUUCAGAAAUCUUGGCGAUUGCCACGGUCGAUCAAAUAUUUCCGCACUCCGUUAGCUGUCGACGAUAGCAGAGUUUCUAAAACCAUUCUCAAACAGUUAAAUUUUAAACCAGUUACUAAAAUGUCAUUCCGUUUUAAUCCAUUAAUACAGAAAACAGAGUCUAUUAGACAACUUUGUAGCAUACUCAGUGAACCGAGGUGGCGAGCAUCCAAUACUAAUAUGUUAGUAAAGAUCAAUGUACUCUCAGACAGUAACCCUCCUGAAGUUGAAAUUUCAUAUGAUAAUGGCCAUAUCCUUAUCUUGAAGACAGAAAAUUUAAGCCUUCGAGAGACAAUAGAAAUCAUUAUUGCACAUACGGGGAUCAUUAUGGCAGAAUAGUUAACCGUUAACGUUUAGUAAUAUAUAUUUAUUCAUUUCACAUAGUCUUUCUAGUUUCUGGCGCUGCUCAUACUUUUUCACUCCACAUAUGUAAAGAGAAAUGCAAUUCCUUUAACUAUAAGAUUUUGAGUCAUGUUUUCUCCAGAGUAAUGUUUCAGUCUUGUCACUAUUCAACGGUGUUCUUAUUUCGCUUCUUAGUUUAGUGUUAAAUAGAAAAUAUUGACAUGGACUUUAGUAAGGUUCUUGUCCGCCAAUAUAGUUUAAACUCGAUCUUCACUACUUAUUCCUAGAUUUUGCUGCUUGAACGCUUAGUUUUGAAGACUGCUUAUCUAAUUGUUUGAUAGUGGGGUACAUACUUUUUCUUGUUAAACUCGGCAUAAAAACUACUUUAUGAACUUUCGACAUAUUCUUAGGCUCAUCAUGGGUAGUUUUAUGAGGAAUUAAUAUUUAGGCUUUCAAUAUAUAUGUGGAAGGCUAAAAUAAUAUUAGCUCUUUGUAAAAACAAUCUAACAAUUGUAUGUCAGUUCAUUAGUAAUCUUCGAUUUUUAUACUCUUAGUAUUAGAUUCACACUACUCUAGAUAACUGGAUCUCAGUCUACAUUAUCGAUAUGUUACUUCAAUGUUAUUUAUGCUUUAGUAUUUCAUUUAUGGUUCUAUCUAGUUUAUGAAAUUAAAUAACUUUAAACAUAACACAAGUCAAAGUUUUGUAACUAGAUGCAGGGUUAGAGACCCUGAAUGACAUGGCUCAAAAUCGUUUGCAAUGGCGCAGGUGCAUCCACUCUUUGUGUUCUCCCAAAUUCUAAUCUUCUGAAUUCUUUAUGUCCCUUUUUUCCUCUUUCCAAAUUUAUUUCACUGAAUUAUACUCUUUAAAUAACAUCUCCAAACCCUAAUCUUCCCGAUCACUGCUUACACUCUUGCUACCUCUACCACAAUGGGAUUUGAAUCGACAACUGCAUCUCUGUGUUAAGGUGGUGUGGCAACUCGAACUGAUGUACGUACGUACGAAGUUCUACGUUGUUAUUGACUGACUGACUGAGUUACGGUAGUGAAAUUGUAUCGAUUCUCUAAGUUUAAAUCUUGAGUUAAGCAUCAUUCCUAAUUUUUCAUAUCUUGAUAUCAUUUGUUCCUUUUGAGUCGUACUUUUAAAUUACGAUUCUUUUUGUAUUAUUAAUAUUCUUAGGCCGUCAAGUAGUAUGCGGUUCUGAAUAAUUUAUCCCUCUUUCUUUUCAAUCUCGUGUUUAGCAGUGG